AUGGAGGUUGACCUCUUCACGGCCAGUCUUGCUGGCACGUCUGAGGCUGAGUUUUGGGCUGCUCUUUUUUCAGAAGCAGCAACAGCCACACCAGAGAACUUCAAGCAGAUCGCCUUUGAGUGCGGCAAGAAGCUGCUGUCCCAUUUUGGUGGGCCCCAGCAAUACCUUCAGCAGGCCCAUCCUGACACCAACAGCUUUGCUGCGACGCUGGGCCUUGAGUUCAGCACGACGCGGCAAGAUGUCAACUUCGUGACGUCACUCCCUGCGGAUGACUCAACCAUGUUUUGCCUCAAGCUGUCGGACUUGUCUUUCAGUCCUGAGUCAAGCACUAAGCCCGCGCCGUACCUCACCACGGCCAUCAGCCUGCUAGAUGAGUACUUGUGCAACAGCUUCAUCUCUGAGAGCAACUUUAAUUCGUUGGCUUGCUGCCCAGGCGACCCGAUUCUUCUGUGGUCGGGCCCGCAGGGGUCCAGUGAAGGGCCUUCUGGGUGGGUGCACUAUGUGAAGGGGGCGGCCCGGUCAAUGACCCUUCUUUUCCUGGCAUCUCUGGCGAUGAAGUGUGAGUGGAAGCUGGAGAUCCUGCACCCGGCCUUGUUUGAGUCCAUGCGGGUCAUUUGGGCCCGCCGCGCAACAUUGAGCACAGACAUCAAGCGGGUUGCAUUCGCAAAUGCCGCGCUGUCAUCAAGAGGCUCGAUUCGUCGAGCGCACGAUGUUCCAACAUGGCUAUCAAAGCUCAGCCUUCUCUGCACCAAGGGCUUCAAAGCGGAUGCUGCCAUCAAGGCGUGGAACAUGGAGGCUACCAGGGAGUCACAGCUUGCUGGGCAGAAGCGCGUCGCGUUGCUCUUCCUGCUGCCAGCACCACCUGGGACGGCUGAGUUGCUUCUGAAGCACACGUCUGAGUUUGGCUCGCAGUCUGCCGUCGCAGAGGAGGCCUUUUCCAACAAGGCCAUCCAGGUGGGUGCUGUGACCAAGACGGGGGACAAGAUUUGGAGCAAGAGGUUGACUCAGACCGCCGCGAGCUUUGUGAUGAUGAUCCGGUUUGUGGAUGCCACCCACCGGCGGCUACUGCCAGGUAACCGGGCAAAGCUUUCCAAGGAGGCCUUGCAGGAAGCAGCGCACCUGUGCCAGUUGCUGCAGGCUGUCCAGGACGACUUGGCCGAGCAGGGAGUUGCGGCAACUUCUCUCAGCGAGAAGCUGCUGGCUGGGGACCGUAACCUUGAGCUGGAGCUCCAGGUGGCAUUGGCUGAGCGCUCCGCCUCUUGGACCUCGGCUGGUUUGACGGUGGUCAAGGAGCCUAUGAAAGGUCAUGCUGCCAGUGCUGAGGGCAAGUUCAGGACUGAAUCCGAGAAAAGGUCCAUUGUGGCUGGUGAGCUAGAGAGGGAGGAGUUUUCGCUCAUGCUGAAGAUGUUUGAGUGCCUUGAGUGCUGUAGCAAGCUGGUUUCAUUGCGGCUGUCAUUUGCCUACUCAGCGCUGAGCCUCGUGAUAAUUGACCCUUGCCAAGCCCUUGCCAAGCUGAGGCACGACAUCAAGGCGUAUGCCAACUGGCUGCUGAAGUGCGAGGACGAAGCCAGUGAGCUGCAGCACAAACUUGCUAGGCUUUCCGCCAAGCCAAGGCGUGCUUCCAAGAGUCUAGCCGGGAGUGGAUGGCAACUCUGGCUUGCCAUGGCAGCCCACAGGACGGUGUGGCGCGCAUUGAUGGAAUCCUGCGCCGCCUGUCUCAGACCUUCCAGGUGGCAAAAGACAGCAUUUGCGUAG